UAAGUGGGUCUCUAAGGGUUGUGUUGAUCAAGUACAGGCUUUCUGUGGUACACUGCCCUCAAGGUACUGUUAUUGUUUGGCUUCUUCCAGCAAUGGCUACUAUCAUCUUGAGCAAUGGUACCAUAGACACCAUCCCUAAGGAGUCUGUGGACCAUCAACGACGGUUGUCGAUCGUCCUUAAAGGACAGAAGUUUAUAGUUGGUGGCCACCCAUUUCUCCUAGAUGUCCCACCUAACAUUGUGGCCACUCCAUCCACAUUCCCGCAGGCUGGGAAGGUGGUGGACACGGCCGGGUGCUUUGUCGGGUUCGAGUCGGUCGAACCACAGAGCCGGCAUGUUGAACCCCUUGGGAGGCUAAUGGGAAUCAGGUUCAUGAGCAUAUUCACAUUUAGAAUAUGGUGGACCACUCAUUGGGUGGGGAACAAUGGCAGUGAUAUAGAGCCUGAGACCCAGAUGGUGAUCUUGGACAGAUCGGCUGAUGGGCGGCCGUACGUUCUUCUGCUCCCACUCAUCGAGGGCCCAUUUCGAGCCUCGCUCCAAGCGGGCCAUGACGAGUAUGUGGACAUGUGCGUCGAGAGCGGUUCGACACAGGUAAGUGGGUCCAGCUUCAGGAGCUGCUUGUAUAUGCAUGCUGGAGAUGACCCAUAUGACCUUGUGAGGGAUGCAAUGAAAGUGCUGAGGGUGCACCUGAAUACCUUCAGGCUCUUAGAAGAGAAGAGCCCACCAGGUAUAGUUGAUAAGUUCGGGUGGUGCACCUGGAAUGCAUUUUACCUGAAUGUGCACCCUGAAGGGGUUUGGGAAGGGGUCAAAGGUCUGGUUGAUGGGGGUGUCCCACCUGGGCUGAUUAUCAUGGACGAUGGAUGGCAGUCCACGUGUCAUGACGACGAUCCAGCUGACCAGGAGAACAUGACUCGGACGGUCGAGGGUGAGCAGAUUUCAUGCAGGCUAAGGAAGUUUCAAGAGAACUACAAGUUGAGGGAUUACCAGAGCAAAGUCCCAAGUGGGGGUGAGGACCACAUCAAUGGAUGGCCUGGAGAGUCCCCUGUCAAAGGCAUGGGGGCUUUUAUCAGGGAUUUGAAGAGCAGUUUCAAGACAGUGAAGUAUGUGUACGUGUGGCACGCUUUGUGUGCCUAUUGGGGUGGGAUCAAGCCCAACGUGCCAGGUAUGCCUGAAUCAAGGGUCCUUGUACCUACGAUCUCUCCAGGGCUGGAGAAGAGUAUGGAGGAUCUCGCCCUCAGUAAGCUUAUGAGGAAUGGGGUGGGUCUGGUCCCACCUGAGAUGGUCCACCAGAUGUACGAAGGUCUGCACUCCCAUAUGGCUUCUUUGGGGAUAGAUGGUGUCAAGGUGGACGUCAUUCACCAACUGGAAAUGUUGGGCGAAGACUACGGAGGGAGAGUGGAGCUGGCAAAGGCAUACUUCAAGGCCAUGAGUUCAUCUGUAAACAAGCAUUUCAAUGGCAAUGGUGUCAUUGCUAGUAUGGAGCAAAGCAACGAUUUCAUGUUCCUUGGAACGGAGGCAAUUUCACUCGGUCGUGUUGGGGAUGACUUCUGGUGCACCGAUGCAUCCGACGUUUGGCUACAAGGGUGUCACAUGGUGCACUGUGCGUACAAUAGCCUUUGGAUGGGUAACUUCUUCCACCCUGACUGGGACAUGUUCCAAUCUACACACCCAUGUGCAAGGUUCCAUGCUGCAUCUCGGGCCAUCUCAGGUGGGCCGGUCUAUGUGAGUGAUACGGUUGGAAAGCAUGACUUCCAGCUGCUUAAGACCCUUGUGCUGCCUGAUGGAACGAUCCUACGGUGCGAUUUCUAUGCCCUCCCUACCAGGGAUUGCCUCUUUGAAGAUCCACUGCUUGAUGGGAAAACCAUGCUCAAGAUAUGGAACCUAAACAAGUACACUGGAGUCUUAGGAGCAUUCAACUGCCAAGGAGGAGGAUGGUGUCGUAAAGCGAGGAAAACCAAAUGCUACGCCGAACAUUCACAUGCGGUAACAUCCACAACGACUGCGAACGAGAUCGAAUGGAAUAAAGGAAGAAAUCCAUUUCCCAUUGAAGGAGUCGAAUCGUUCGCAAUCUAUUUCUUUCAAACAAAGAAGUUACUUCUUGUGAAGCCGGAUGAAUACAUAGAAAUCAUUUUGGAAGCAUUUGAUUUCGAGCUCUUGACGGUUUCGCCUGUGAAGAUCUUACAAAAGAAAAUGGUCCAAUUCGCUCCGAUUGGAUUAGCGAACAUGCUAAAUACAGGUGGAGCAGUUCAAUCUCUAGAAUUUGAUGACGAAAAGAGGUUGAUUCGAGUCGGGGUGAAGGGGACUGGAGAAAUGAGGGCGUACUCGUCUGAGAAACCGAAAGCUUGCCGAAUCAACGGAAAAGAAGUGGGAUUUGAAUAUGAAGAACAAAUGGUUGUGAUUCAAGUUCCAUGGCCUGAAAGUUCGAAGCUAAGUGUAAUUGAGUAUUUGUUUUGAAAUGGGGUGGGCCACCAUUUCUAGGAGAAAAAUCACAUUAUAUGGAGUGUACCGUUAUAGGUGAAUAAGAUGGAACUUUCAUGGUUCUCA